UCCUCGGACAUUAUUAAUUCAAAAAACCAAAACUCCUACCUCUGUCUAUCUGACUCGCACGCUGCUCGCUCUCCCUACCACCUACGACAUGUCGUUGAGUACUGGCGGCUCCAUGUCCGCGGCGAGCAGCCUCAGCGAGAUAUCGGAUAUGGAGACGCUGAAACUCGGAUUGGAUCUUGUAUCCGCUGCCAGGCGAAAUAUCGGGUUCCUGAGAACGGUGGCCGAGUCUCAGUGGCUUCAUCAGAAGGGAACGGCUGUUGAAGCCGUUAGAAGGUACAAUGAGCUCUGGAUGCCGUUGGUUUCUGAUCUGACGGCGGAGUCGGCGGCGGUUCCUGUGAUUCAUCCUCCUAUAGACAUUGAGUGGGUUUGGUUCUGCCACACUCUGAAUCCGGUUUCUUACAGGCACUACUGUGAACAAAAAUUCUCAAACUUGAUAGGAAAAGCAACCAUUUUCAACGAAGAGAACAAAGAGUAUGCACUGAUGAAGUGCAGAGAAAUAUGGAUUAGAAGGUACCCAAAUGAGCCGUUUGAGAACGAAGCUGAUUCGGAUUCAAAUUCAGAAGUGAGGUUUUCGGAGGUAGCCGAUGAAGAAGCAGAGCUUUUGGAGGAAGUGAAAAAGAAUAGGUUUUUGUAUUCCAAGUUUUCGGAGCCAUACAGGUCUGAAAUUGUGUAUUUGAUAGCAGCAAGGCAGAGGUACAAGAGGUUUCUGUUCAUGGUGCAGAGGUCCUCCAUUGAUUUGGAUUCUCCUUUGGUCCCUGCCUCUGAUAUUAUGCUCAUGUGGCUCACCCACCAGAGUUACCCAACAGUGUAUGCUGAGGAUUUGAAAGGGAUGGAGGGUGAUUUGGGGAAGGUGGUGACCGUGUGGGCCGCUGUGAAGGAAAAAGAGGUGGAAGAGACCAGGAAGCUUUGGGAGAGGACGUUUGAUCAACCAUAUGAGAAAGCUGGUGGAGAAAUAGCUUUAAAAUUGGACCGGGGUGUCUCAUUCAAGCCGCCUGUUUACUGGGAGGCAUCUGAUACAGAUGUCAAUACCAAAUACAAGCCCAUGCAUCCCAGGUUCUUGCUUGAGGUCUGUGUGCUUGUCAGGCUUAGGGAUAAAACAAAGGUAAUGCAAGAGGAUACAAAGCGCAAUAUCCUUCGUCUUCGGAUGGUGAGGUGCCACAGGGAGUUAAAGCUUGAAAAACCCAUUUCUGACUUUCCGUAUGCAACGUGGCAAAAAGCUUGGCACCUCUACUGUGAGUUUGGCACCAAAGGAGUCGUACUUGAGCUUCGCCGGCGAGGUGGCUCCUGUUUUAAAGGAACUAGCGUGCAAGAGACUGUUACAUUCCAUUGGAAUGAUUUACUUAGAGCACCGUCUCUAACUUUGGAGAAAGAAUAUCAACAAGUGGAUAUCUUUGCUUCAAUAACUCCACCUGUUCAAGCACCAUACCUUUUGAAAUGUGUGCCAGACCGUGUCACAGAUGAUUCAGGGGCAAUGAUAUCAGAUGUGAUUCUGAGAAUGAACCAGUAUCGUCCCCAAGAAGGCCGGUGGUUGUCUCGCACUGUUCUUGAUCAUGCAGGGAGAGAGUGUUUUGUGAUCCGAAUAAGGAUGGGAGAAGGAUUUUGGAGAAGAGGAGGAGAAAAACCGUCAGCUGUGAAAUGGGAGGAUAGGAUUAUAGAGAUUCGAGAAGGUUCUUGGUCUUAUGUUGCUGGUUCCAUUGGUAGAGCCCCUGCGAAACUGGUGGGAACAGCUAUACCCAAAGAACCGCUGGAACAAUGGACAGCUGCAUGGAAUUUUUCAACAGGUGAUGAAUUGAUGAUACAGUGGGACUUGUCAUCAUCGAUAUCAGGUCUCAGUUUUGGUAUACAGAGUCAAGAUGCAGAAUCAACGGUUAAGCUGUUGAAAGGACGGAAAAUGCAGUAUCGAGUAUGGAAAAAAAGGCCAGUGACCGAAGAUGAAGAUCGUCAAUAUGAGGAAGAAGGUGAAGAGGAAGAAGACGAAGACGAAGAAGAGGGGUUUUUAACGCUAGUCCGGUACACAGAAGAUAAUCCAAAUGGAAGAGCAACAGCUCUCUUAAAUUGGAAGCUAUUGGUAGCUGAAUUGCUGCCUGAAGAAGAUGCAGUAUUGGUGCUUCUUCUAUCCAUUUCGAUACUAAGAAGUGUUUCGGAGAUGAGAAAAGAAGAUCUCGGAUGUUUGCUGAUUAGAAGAAGACUGAAGGAAGUAAAACUUGGGACUCGAGAUUGGGCUUCGGUAGUACUUCACCCUUCCUCAAGUUCUUCCAUUUCGUCACCUUACCUUCAACCUUGGUACUGGAAUGCAAAGGUAAUUAUGGCAUCAGAGGGUGCAGAUCAUUUUACUAGGCAACCGGGUAUUAGUUAUUCGCCAGAGGAAGGCGGCGAUAAGUUGUACAAACGAGGGAUACUAGCUGAGAGACGGUGAGCCCUUUUCGUAUACAAGCUUUGGGAUGAUUGUACAUAAUCAUGCAUGAUGCAUCACACGCUUGCAUAUUAUUUUCGGAAACAUAUGCUCCUUCCAUAUGACUCAAAAGUGAGGAGAAAAACUUUAAUGUACCUAACGAUGCCAUGUUGGUGGAAAAGUUAGAAUA